GAAUCCCCAACAUUUGCCUCGGAGUAUUAUGAAUUUUCUGAACUCAGAGAUAAAGAGAAAGUUCUUGGAUUUACUCUGUUUAUAUUGCAUAUCAGAGACAGCAGAAGUGGACCUGGGAGGUUCAUAGGAACUGGACUAGGAAGUUCAUGACUUUUUGAUUUUGUUUCUACCAGUCUGAUAUUAUACAUGGCUACUGACAGCAAUGCUCUUCAGUUCCAGCAGGUUCCCUUGCGUCAGAAGCCGAGGAAGAAAACUCAAGGUUUUUUCACCAUGAGUCGGAGGAGGAUAUCCUGUAAAGAUCUGGGACACGCUGACUGCCAAGGGUGGCUGUAUAAGAAAAAGGAAAAGGGGACUUUCCUAAGCAACAAAUGGAAAAAGUUCUGGGUGGUGCUGAAGGGGUCCUCGCUGUACUGGUACAGCAGUCAAAUGGCAGAGAAAGCUGAUGGAUUUGUGAACCUGCCCGAUUUCACCGUGGAAAGAGCAUCCGAAUGCAAGAAAAAGCAUGCAUUUAAGAUCAACCAUCCACAGAUCAAGACCUUCUAUUUUGCAGCUGAGAAUUUGCAGGAAAUGAACGUGUGGUUAAAUAAACUCGGAAUCGCUGUGAUCCAUCUUGAAUCCACUACAAAGGAUGAAGAAUGCUACAGUGAAAGUGAGCAGGAGGAUCCUGAUAUAGCCACGGAGACUCCGCCCCCUCCUUACUCUGCCACUUCCUCUCCUUUGGCUGCCCAGCGGGCAUCUUCGUCCUCACCCAAAUUGAGUGAAACGUCGUGUUCUUUCUCUUCCCUGGAAAAUACAAUCAAGACGGCCAGCAGCGGUUCUUCCUCGGGAUCUAAAGAAAGACAGUCCUGGCUGGACAUCGUGAACAGCUCGCCUGCUGCUGGAGACGUGGGGCACGCACUCGCCUUUGCCGUGCAGGUCCAUGCUCCCGCACCCUCAGAGGCUCCCAGUUGCAAGGCCCUGGACACCAGCCCCGAAAGUGGGUUUUUGAACUCUUUGUCUAGUGAUGACACUUCUUCAUUGAGUAGCAAUCAGGAUCACCUCACUGUCCCAGACAAGGCUCCUGGAUCAAGGGUGAUGGAGAAAGAAACAAAAGCACCUGAAGAUGAUGAAAUGGAGAAACUUUAUAAAUCAUUAGAGCAAGCGAGUCUGUCUCCUCUUGGGGACCGCCGGCCUUCGACCAAAAAGGAGUUGAGAAAGUCAUUUGUGAAACGCUGCAAGAACCCAUCCAUCAAUGAGAAACUUCACAAAAUCCGAACCUUGAAUAGCACAUUGAAGUGUAAAGAACAUGAUCUGGCCAUGAUCAACCAGCUGCUGGAUGAUCCGAAACUAACAGCCAGGAAGUACAGAGAGUGGAAGGUCAUGAACACCCUCCUGAUCCAGGACAUCUAUCAGCAGCAUCAGGCCCCGAGUGAACCUGAAGGCGCAUCACAGGAACUCACGGAGCCCCCUUCGCCGGCCUGUCUGGAAAAUUCUAUCUGAGGAAAAAAGCCAGAAUUCUCUCUUCUUGUAUUUUAUUGAAAGCAACUUUACAAGAUGUUGCAGGAGCUUCUGUUUCUCCUUGAUGGGAAAACUGAAGUUCCCCUCUGCAGCUUAGCUGAAGACAGUUACCAGAUGCAGCAGGACUCCUGGUUCCCCAUCGAGUUUCACCGUCAUCGAGCCUGGAGUGAUGGGGUUCAGCUGAGCAGACGUGAUUUUGUGUUCUUACUGGGAGCUUGUGGAGAUGGUAGGCUCUAGGUGGGAUGUGAGAAACCUAUCUUCUAUCCCCUGCUUUCAAGAGAAUCUCAAUGUACCGUGCACAAAAGAUCCAAUUUUACUAGGGAUAAUGAGUCAUAGAAGUAUCAUUUCUUCCCCCAAGAAGCAUGAACGUUCUCUACUGACGGGCCACAGAGUACUCCAAAGCAUUCUUUGAAUGGAGGUGUGCUUUGUAUAGCAACAGCUGGAACAGGUCACAGUGGGAUGGUGGAACAAAAAUCCUUUGCCAUUGCUAUAGAAGGGUGGUCCUUUUUCCACUUGUUGAGAAAUAUUUUCCAGAGUGGCGUGUAGGAGGGCCCGAGGAGGGGAUAUGUGCUGUGUUACACUCACUCAGGACUGGGUGGUAUUUUCACAUUUACCUGGAUUGGGGGAUAUGGUUAAUGUAUCUUUUGUCACAGCAGUUAGAAAAAAACUACUCCUCACAGUUGGAGACCACUGCUCCUCCUUGGCCUCCCUGCAGGAUUGAUUGUAGAGGGUCUUAACAGGCCCAACAAGGAACAUUCUGCUGCUUUUGUCUUUGGCUUGGUCCCCAUAAACAGUAUGGAUUUAUAUCCAGUUUUCCUGGGAUCAAUAUUGGAAAGAGGAUUCUGGCAUCGGAAUUGUUUUAGUAUCUGUACGGGAAGUGGGGGACUCAAAAACUAAAGGUUUUAACAUGAUUGUUUUAUUUUUGUAAGCUCAUGUGUCACGGUGUGCUUUGUGAAUAGCCAUCUAUGUUUUUUAUUUAAAUAUAUUUAUAGAAGUUCAAAUUAGUAGUGUUUUAAAAGAUCAUAUACUAUUCUAUGUUUUGUUCAGCCUAUAUAUUCUGGAAGUAUACAUACUUUUGCUUGAGAAAACUAAGGAUACUAUUGAUUUAUCAGAGUUAGAUUGCACUAUAAUGUACCAGGAAUGCUCAGGAAAUCUUGUGAGAAAACUAUGGGGGCAUGUAUUAAUAAUUUUUCAUUUGCUGAGAUCUUUCUUUCUGUCUCUAAUUCUCUUCAUAGCUCUUAAAUUGUUGUAUUCAUUGUAAGUCUUUCCCCUAACGUUCAUCUUAAGCGAUCCCUUCUCUUAAAUAAACUUUUAAGUUUAUGUCCAUAAACCCUAGGCCAAAUGAAACACAA